GACCAAGCGCAUCGUUUCGCUUCAACUACUGGCCCGGCGGCAUGCUCCAUUGACAGAUCGGUUGAAUUCGCUGUCAAGCAACGUAGACGACAGGCUGCAACUCAAGUCGGCCUUGUACAAUUCGGAAUGGCCUCCACGGCACCACCUCGUCCUCGGGCGAGACCUGCGCACACUCAGGGCUCGACCCGUUGCGCCUAUACCCCCGACGGAACACAACUCGUCACGGUGGGAUCCAACAACACCAUCCGCCUGUACAAGACAGGUUUCGACGGCGAACCUCGGAACAUCGACGACUGCCCCGAACAGCACACCGCCGUCGCCGCCUCGGACCAUUUCUUCGUUGCCGGCUCGGAGGACGGCACCGUCAGCUACUAUUCCAUUCCCAAUGCCGAAUUCGACAAGUUCCUUUUGCGUUCCUCCCUCCCCAUUCGCGACCUUGCGCUUUCCCCGGAUGGCAAGUGGUGCGCCGUUGCUAGCGAUGAGCUUACUGUCAGGCUGGUCAACACCGGCGACAGUAGCCAAAUUCGACACCUCAGAGAGCAUGCCAAGCCGACCAAGCAUAUCGCCUUCGAUACCAAGGGCACUACCGUCGCCUUGUCCUGCACCGACGGUGUGGUAUACAUAUAUUCCUUGACGGCCGACCAACCCGAGCUCAUGCGCAAGGUCGACGGUAUCAUCGGCGCACUGGACGCGGAGUCUGAAGUCAGCUCCAUGGUGGCGUGGCACCCAGAUGGCAGAGCUUUCGCCUUGCCAACGCCGACAAGGGACAUACAGGUCAUCUCCCACAACGACUGGGAGAAACAGCGCGUCUUCACCAAGGGCCACAAUGGCGAUAUCACUGCCUUGGCAUGGUCGCCCAACGGGGCCAUUCUUGCUUCGGCCGGCAGGGACAAGAAGAUCUUGCUGUGGGAGACCAUGACCCAGUCCGUCAUAGCUAGAUUGGACUACACAAAUGUCAUGAACAUCUCAUGGCAUCCUAAAGACAACUUGGCGUCUUUUACAAACUCAGACGGAGAGGUCUACAUUCAUCCCGACUUUGUGCCAGAACAAUUCGCCCAGCUACUGAAGCUACCAAAACAACCUGCCCCUUUCAUUCACGACCCCCUCUCAGAAAUUUCAGCCAACCUCAGGAGGCCGGAUGCCAACGGUGGUAAACCUCUGGCAGCUCGACCGCGUCGCGACUCUCUGGACAGCUAUGACUCCCUCAUGGAUGGGCCUCAUCAGGGUGAUGAGGAUUUUGUCGUUGACGACGACGGUGCCGGCUAUGUUGUCAAUGGAAAUGGUAAGAGGGCCCAUGAUGGAGAUGACCUCCUCGGCGACCGCGCAAACAAGCGGCAACACCUGCAGGCCCAAUAUCACGAAGCAUUUCAGCCCGGCUCAACCCCUUGGCGUGGUAACAGGAAAUAUCUCUGUCUGAACCUCAUUGGAUUCGUCUGGACCAUAGACCAAGACGGACAUCACACGGUCACUGUCGAGUUCUAUGACCAUGACUUCCACAGAGACUUCCACUUUACAGAUACGUUCCUGUAUGACAAGGCCUGCUUGACUGAAACUGGCACGCUUUUCUCGAGUCCGCCCAAGGAUGACACGCCGGCGACCAUAUUUUACAGACCGCAUGAAACAUGGACGAAUCGCAACGACUCCCGUAUUCAAUUGCCUAAAGGGGAAGCCGUGCUUGCCAUGUCCUUGAGCGAUUCUUUCAUAACAGUGACCACGACAGCCAAUUACGUCCGGGUCUACACCUUGUUUGGUAUCCCGUACAAAGUAUACCGACCGAAAAGCACGCCUAUGGUUACCUGCGCAAGCUGGAGAGAUUACGUGUUGACAAUGGGCAACGGCCCAAUUGGUCCCGACGGCAAUGCUAGACUUCUUUACACCAUUGAAAACGUCAAGAGAGACGAAAUUUGCCAGAAUGAAGAUACCGUUGCUCUUCCUGAAGGCGCCACAGUCAAGAGCGCCUUCUUCUCGGACAAUGGCGAUCCCUGUAUCUACGACUCCACAGGCACGCUCCUCACCCUGCUGCACUGGCGCCAGCCGUCCAAAGCCUCCUGGAUCCCAGUGCUAGACACUAAGCUCCUUCCACGUCUUGCCUCUGGUCGUAAGACCGAGUCUUACUAUCCUAUAGCCGUAGCGGACAACAAAUUCCACUGCAUCAUUCUCAAGGGCGGAGACCAGUACCCUUACUUCCCUCGGCCACUGCUUUCCGAAUUCGACUUCUCCAUCCCCCUGUCUUCGGAACCGCCAAAGCUGAAACCGAACAACCCCGAAGAUCCGGACGGUACGCCCGAGCCUGAGGAUGACGAGUCUGAGGCUCGCAAGCUCGAGCAAGCAUACCUCCUCAAAGGAAUCUUCGCUGCGCAGCUACAAGACUGCAUGGACGCGACGCAGGGUUCAGGCUCUCAUACGCAGCGGUCUACGUUGGCCAGGCUGGAGCUCGAUAUCGACAAGACGCUGUUGCAGUAUCUUGCGAUUGAGUGUCGUGAGGGUGAGGAUCGCGGCAUGCGGGCCCUAGAGGUCGUGCAGUUGAUGCGGGAUCGCACAGGUCGCAUGAUCGAGGCUGCAGGUAAGGUUGCGGAGAGGUAUGGGAGGAGUAUCCUGGGAGAGAAGAUCAGGGAAGUAGGCGAACAGAGAGUGGGAGGCGAUGACAUGGAUGAAGAUUUUCCUUGAUGCAAGGUUCUAGCAACAUGACAAAAUUUACUUCCAGCAGGCAUGGGUUGCGGCUGCCUUUGCGAAGUUUGGCAAGCUAGUAUAAAUGCUUUACCUUUUAUUUAUUUUUUACUUAAUUUUAAAUUGGAGAACGCAUCAUACAUGCCGACAUGAGGGAUUCGGUGU